AUGGCGACGGUGAGAGGUUGGAUUACGAAAGUGGAGAGGAUCGUAUCUGAGGAGGUGGUCAAGGAGCAGGCCAAGGAGGUGUUGAAGGUGGCGGCGACAGAGGCGGUAAAGGAGACGGCGAAAGAAGCUAUCCGGGAAGCCGUGAACUCGCGGGCCGAGAAGAAGACGGAGAAGUCGGAGCUCGAUGGCAUCAAACUCAGUAUCAAGCAAGGAGAUGACGAAGAGCCGCCGAAGGCGUCGCCGGAGACGGACCGGCUAGCAGAAGAAAUUAAUGCUCUGAAGGAGUUCGUGGCCUCCAUCCUCGCCGAGACAACGGCGAGCGCCACGGCUAAUCACCUUGCAGAAGGCCGCAUCCUAGAUAGCCUCACUUUGGUGGUGUUGGUCGGAGGGGCAGUUGCUGUACUCGUCGGAGGAGGGUACAUGCUCCACCGGCGUCGCCGCGGAACAGCAGCGCCCGAGGGGGUGAGGUACGCAGGGUACCGCGGACGAGCAGCCCAGCCAGCGGCGCCGCUAGGUUUGCAUGUCCUCCUGCACGGCGGCGGCCCAGCGCGUCCUCGCGUCGACGCGGCGCUCGCAGCGAGUAGGCCAAUCAUCGCCGCUGCACAUCCGGCGCCACCAUCCUUAUUCGCCGAGAAAUGUAUGCAUAAAAACCGCUUGCAAUCGUUUGCUGAACGAACGUACAAGAAGCAACCAAUCUACAAUGUUGAGUUUGAAGGCGAAUCCCAUCAGCCUAAGUUCAGAUGCACAGUGGAAGUGGGUGGUAAACAGUUCUCAUCAGCUGGUAGUUUUGAUCGCAAGAAGGUAGCAGAGCAGGAUGCUGCUAGAGUUGCUUAUGAGAUCUUGGCAGCAGUUGGAGAGGAUGACAUUAAAGAGGCAGUUGAGCUGAUUGAUCAGGAUGUGGUUUUCUGCAAAUCAAUUCUCUAUGAAUUUGCUGUCAAGACAAAAACCACUUGGCCCUCCUACUCCGUAGUUUGUCUCAUAAAGCCUUUGACCCUGUUUGCUGCAACUGUGGUAUUUGAUGGGAAUAGCUAUACUGGUGAAUCUGCACCCAACAAGAAGGAUGCAGAGCAGAAUGCAGCUUGUUCUGUGAUCAAGUCGAUUUUAGCUAAGCAUAACACUUGUAUGUUGGGAAUUGUUAGAUCGAAGAAACAACUCAUAACUGCCGUCAGAUCUUCUGGAAGCACCCCAGCUACUUUUACUCCUAUACAUUCAUAUGCAGCAUACGGCGGACCAGAUCAUGUAGCACCUGUGUUGCAAAAUGCAUCUUCCUCGUUUUCUGUUCAAGGAGGCAUCAGUGCUGUACCUGCAGUUGGGACUUCUGCCAACUAA